AUGCCAUUCUACGCUCCAGAAUGGGUGCCCAAGCUCCCGUUUGACGUACCAGACUCCAUCUCAGUAGACAGAUUUAUCCUGGAUGAAAACUUCGAACGCCACCCUCUAGGGUACUCCCGGCCACCAUUUACCUGCGGGCUCACGGGCAAAGAGUAUAGUGCCUUGGAAGUAAAAGAGCGGGUCGACUUCCUGGCCAGAGGAUUGAGUCAAGAGCUGGGCUUCCUCCCCAAUCAAGGAUCGGAAUGGGACAAGGUCAUCGGGCUAUUUAGCAUCAACACCGUAAGCACCCAUUGUAUACGGCUCGCAUUUGAUGCCAGGCAAUUGACUCUAUACAGNAUUGACACAUUGACUCUUGCGUGGGCGACUCACCGCAUCGGUGGCAUCCAAACACCAGCCAAUGCCGCGUAUACGGUCCAAGAACUAGAGCACCAGCUUCGUGAUUCUGGUGCCAAAUGUCUCUUCACUUGUGUGCCGUUGCUGGACCUGGCAUUGCAAGCAGCAAAGACUGUAGGGAUUCCCGAAAGCCGAAUCUACUUGCUCGAAGUACCCGAAUCUGUUGCUGGUAAGAAAAGAGAUGGAUACAAAACCCUUGACCAACUCAUUGAUGAGGGCCGAAAAUUGCCAAAGCUUGAGGAAUUGCAUUGGGCCAAAGGCGACGGCGCGAAGAAGACAUCGUUCCUGUGCUACUCUUCCGGUACCUCUGGUCUGCCAGUAUGUGCUUCCUUGGUUGUGGUCAGGGAGUCGAAUGCUGACUGGAGAUCCAGNAAAGGAGUUAUGAUCAGUCACAAGAACGUCAUUGCAAAUGUCCUUCAGAUGCGAACCUUUGAGGAUCCAUGGAGAAAGACGCUUAUAGAGCCUGGCAACCAAUCCGAUUAUACUGAGAAUGUCCUUGGGCUGGUGAGUUAUGCUGACAAUGACCUUUGCGGGAUGAAUACUGACCGGCGCAGNUUACCGCUCAACCACAUAUAUGCUCUGAUAGUCAUCGCACAUCUAGGAGCGUAUCGGGGCGAUGGUGUCAUCAUACUACCCAAGUUUGAGUUCAAGAGUUUCCUUGAGACGAUACAGACAUACAAGAUCGCUUGUUUGUACCUUGUGCCGCCCAUCAUUAUCACGAUGACCAAGUCGCGAGACAUAGUGAAGCAAUAUGAUCUCUCUUCGGUCAAGAGCAUCUUUACUGGAGCAGCACCACUAGGAGAGGAGACAGCAGAGGACUUGCAGUCUAUGUUCCCGAAAUGGGCUAUCCGACAAGGCUAUGGAAGUAAGUCUUGUGUCCCCAUUAAAUUGGAGAAAGAGAUACUGACCAUCGUAUANGUGACUGAGAGUGCAACGGUGGUAUGCUCAACAAUUCCGAGUGAUGUGUAUUUCGGAUCUUCCGGAAGCCUGCUGCCAGGUAUCGAAGCGCGUAUCGUCACGCCUGAAGGUGAGGAAGUGACAAAGUUCGACACACCAGGCGAGUUGUGGGUCAAAGGACCAGCAAUCACCCUCGGCUAUCUCAACAAUCAGAAGGCUACCGAUGAGACAUUCGUAGAUGGGUACCUGAGGACUGGAGACGAGGCUGUCGUUAGAAAGCAUCCAAAGUCCGGCCAUGAGCACAUCUUCAUUGUGGACAGAUUGAAGGAGCUUAUCAAGGUCAAAGUGAGUGUUGUUUGGUCGCGCGAUGCUCAACAGGUACUGACCUUAUCNCAGGGGCUACAAGUGGCUCCCGCGGAGCUCGAGGCUCAUCUUUUGACACAUCCUUCAGUCAAUGAUUGCGUCGUUAUUGGUGUGCCGUCAGACCGUGAGGGAGAGGUGCCCAAGGCAUUCGUCGUCAAAUCUCCUUCUGUCGGACUUGAAGAUUCCGACAGGAUGGUUGCUCGGGACAUCGCUCGCUAUGUAGAGCAACACAAGGCAAAGCACAAGUGGCUAAAAGGUGGAAUCGAGUUCAUCGACACUGUCCCGAAAUCACCGUCAGGCAAGAUUCUGCGUCGACUUCUAAGAGACAAGGAGAAGGAGAAGAGAAGAAGUCAGGGAGCGAAGCUAUAA